AUGCAUACUAUUACUGCUGGACGGAACCGCCAGGAUACCGCCCGUAACCUAGGAGUCCCUGUUUGCAGUGCAGUUACCAAGGAUUGGAAUACGAACGAAGCACCUCCUCCGGGGAUGAAUCUCGAAAUACUUUUGCGCCGGACCCUGGGUGCAGUUGAUUCAGGUUCUCGAAUCUCCGAACUACCCAAAGAUACGGAGUACUUAACAUGGAAUAUGAACGAUCUUGAUAUCGGUAAGGAUGGUCGAAUUGACCUGUCUUACUCCUGCAUAAUGCAGCGAAAUGAGCUGGGGCAAGCGAAGAUGGUAUGA